AGGUCCCGUGGGUUUCACAUUACAGGUUAUCUGCAUGAAAAUAACAGCAGUCCUGAGAGCUUGAGUCAGUUUCUCAAACUGCCCUGCUAUUGGUAGGGACUCACAGGAUCACAGCCAAGACUUCCUUGCAUUUCCUGCCAGAAUCUGUGUCUGAUUUAAGACACAUGCUUCUGCAAGCUUCCAUGUGGUAGUGAAGUUUGAAUCCAGAAUUGGGGUCCAGCCUUCUGUGACUGCAAACACUGGUGGCCACACCACUUCCUUCCAAAGCAACUCCAACCUGGGGCGUAGGCUGCAGAGAUUUUUUUGGUAAUUGGUUGGAUAGGAAAUGAAUUUAGAGUGCUUUCUCAUUUCAAGGGGAAGACAUGUCCACCUCCUGAUUACUUUCGGAGCAUGAGAACUUUACUUGUUUUUUUUUUCCUCAUCUCUCUUCCGCCACCCCAUGAGAUUGUGCAAAAAUCUACCUUGACUAAUUGAAGUUGUUUCAUUGGAUUUUGAUCACAACAGAUUAUUUGUUUUUUCCAUGUGAAGUCUUGGGGUUUCGAACUUGCCUUCUGGAGAAUGCCUUUUGAAACCGUUUUCUCUAGCUGCCUGAUGUCAACAGCUUGGUAAUUAGUGACUUUUUAAAACAUUCAAAAUGUACAGACAGUGGGCCGUGGUGAAUAUUUUCAUGAUGUCUUAUCUGCAGUUGGUACAAGGCUCCAGUUAUGAACACGGACCAGUGAAGCGGGCAUCUCGGUCGAUGUUGGAACGAUCUGAACAGCAGAUCAGGGCGGCCUCUGGUUUGGAGGAACUGCUUCGGAUCACACAUUUUGAAGACUGGAAACUGUGGCGAUGCCGACUGAAGCUGAAAAGUUUUGCCAGCACAGACUCACGCUCAGCGUCCCAUCGGUCCACUAGGUUUGCAGCAACUUUCUAUGACAUCGAGACUCUAAAAAUUAUAGAUGAGGAAUGGCAGCGAACCCAGUGCAGCCCCCGGGAGACGUGUGUGGAGGUGGCCAGCGAGCUGGGGAGGAGCACCAACACGUUCUUCAAGCCUCCCUGUGUGAAUGUGUUCCGGUGUGGUGGCUGCUGCAAUGAAGAGAGCCUCGUCUGCAUGAACACCAGCACCUCAUAUGUCUCCAAGCAGCUCUUUGAGAUAUCAGUGCCUUUGACAUCAGUGCCUGAAUUAGUGCCCGUCAAAGUGGCCAACCACACAGGUUGUAAGUGUUUGCCGACAGCUCCGCGCCAUCCAUACUCCAUUAUCAGAAGAUCCAUCCAGAUCCCAGAAGAAGAUCUCUGCUCCCAUUCCAAGAAACUCUGUCCUGUUGACAUGCUAUGGGAUAGCAGAAAAUGUAAAUGUGUUUUACAGGAGGAAAGUCCACUCUCUGGAAUGGAAGACCACUCUCACCUUCAGGAACUGGCACUCUGUGGACCACACAUGAAAUUCGACGAAGAUCGUUGUGAGUGCGUCUGUAAAACACCGUGUCCCCAGGAUCUCAUUCAGCACCCAGAAAACUGCAGUUGCAUUGAGUGCAGAGAAAGUCUGGAGAGCUGCUGCCUGAAGCACAAGAUCUUUCACCCAGACACCUGCAGCUGUGAGCAUAGAUGCCCAUUUCACACCAGAACAUGUGCAAAUGGAAAAACAGCCUGUGCAAAACAUUGUCGGUUUCCAAAGGAGAAAAGGGCUGGCACCCUGGGCUCCAAUGGUCAAGAAAACCCUUGAUUCUGCUUUGCUCCUAUGUCCCCCAUCCCUGUCAUUUUUAAUAGUUUGCUGCUUUGCCAAGUUGCUGUCAUGUUAUUUUCCCCCCAGGUCUUAGGGAAAACAUCAAAUUUACUUAUGACUGUGGUGAAUUCAGAACACACACCCCCUCCACAUCUCUUGCCUUAAACACCAGCCAAGGAUUCUCUGGUUCACUGUCAGAUAUCUCCUGAUGGAAGAAGCACCUGCACACCAGAGAAAGGAGGGAACUUCCCCCCCUUUUUUGGUGAAUGAAGAAAGUUUGAUCAUUUUGGAGUGACAGGUACCAUGUGAUGAAUAACUCAAAGUAAAUGAGACAGUUUGCAUAGUCACCGAGCCCUUUGCUAUUUGCAGUUCUUUUGUGAAUUAUCCUGAUUCCUUUUUCCUGCAGAUUUUGAUGUGUAUGAUCAACACUGAUUUUCUGAUUGCUGUCCUGCUUGUAGCUGUGAGUUUACCAAACUGUCAGUUGCUUCAUAUUUAAGU